GAAAUCAUCAUCUUCCUCUUCAACACAGUGAGGGACGAAGAAAUCAUUACCAUUUGGACGACGAGGAGUAUUAUAGUGGCGGUUAGGUUGGUGUUAGGCUACGUCGACGUUCAGAGGCAGUAGUCUGGAUUGGCGGCAGCAACCAGGUCUCUUCGCCGGAGAGAUAUCCCUUUUCAGCUUUUCUGUGGCGACGUUGUUACAGAACUCCGGCGAUCUUCUUCCUUCCAAUGCCCUCUUUACUCACAGAGACUACGUUCGUGGUGAAAGAGACAGGACUAAUGGGCAUAUUCUAAAGAUGUAGGAAGCGGCAUUGCAUUAUACUUAUCACCAGAAACUAUUGAAGAAACAAACAUAAUUGAAAUGAUAGCCAGAAGGCUCCACCGUUUGUCCUCGCUGCCCUCCAUCUUCAGAAUCUCUACUGGCCAUGGAUUCUCCACUGAUGGCAACACUUUUCGUAAUUGGCUCUCAUCAAGAUACCCACUCCAUAUUCAAGGUUCUCAUUACCUGUCUUUGGAUGCACAUUACCUGUCUGCCACAAGUCUUCAAUGAAAAAUUUCAACUUUUGGUUCUCUGAUUCAUUAUCUGUGUCUUUAGGCUCUUAGUUGAAUAGAACCGUUUAGAUUCUUUCAACUUAAUUAAUCAUAGAGUAGACUAUUGCACCAAUUUACCUGUUUACUUUUCUUUUGCAGCAUCACGAUCAUACGCUCGAAAUAGAGGCCAUUAUGAUCUAUUUGGGGGCCGUGUGCCUGGAGCCAAAGAAUUUAGGAAAACCUGGGCUAAAGAAAUGGAAGAUGAGGAUGGCUGUCUAUGGACUGCAAGUGAGGAUGAGAGUGACCCUGAAAAUGAGCCAAGAAGCUCUUUAAAGAAGGAAAUAAAAAAGGCCAAGCAUCGAGCUAUAAAACAUUCAGAUUGCAUUGAUGCUGAUGACAGUGAUGAACUAAGAAGUGUGUGGUCUGGUAGUGAUGAAGAAGAAGAGAAGACACUGUGGACAGGUAGUGAAGGAGAUGAUGAAGAUGAUGUUCCCACAGAAGCUUACCCGAAUGAGAAGAGUGAUGAAUAUAUCGAUAAACUGUUUGAGUUUGAUGAAAAGCCGAAGUACAGAACACUCUCUGAGGCUUUAAAAGAAGAGGAAGAACCGGAAGAAUUAUCACCUGGAAAGAAAGCAAGGAAACUUGCAGUUGAAAAUGCGCUUAAGAAAUUGAAGAAAGGGCCGGAUGGUAGAUACAUUAAUGUGUGGGAGGUCAUGAGUGAUGUGGACAUUCUAAUAGGGGCUUUCGAGAACAUCAUUUCUGGGCCAGAAUAUGCUGAACUGAGGCAGGGAGGACCUAAGCAGCUGAAUAUGCAGUUUUUUAAGGAUAUUCAAGCUCGUAUGAGAGAUCCAGACUACAAGUUUUCUCCUGAAUUAAAGUUAAAACCAAAGAGCAAAGUGGUUCCUAGAAAGAAGUGGCAGAAGGUGGAAUCUAGACGUAGGAAAGCUCGGAAACGUUAGCUAUUCUUGCAUUUGAUCUUUCCUGAUAUUUGCCUAAAAACAAACGUGUUCAUUACCCAUGUAAUACAAUUUUGAUGCAAAAAGAGUUUCAGUUUCAGUUUCAGACCUAGUGAGUACAUCAUAAACAAAUAGGUAGAUGAUAUAUAUUUGAUGCACACAUCAUCCAAAUACAACUGCCAUAUAGUCAUUUAAGGAAAUACCUUGUCCUAC